AGAGAAGAUCGAAGACUGCUAAAGUGAUCUCUCCUGGACCCUGAAGCAGAGUGGCCAAGCCAUUAGAGUCCUCGGGCUGUUGGAAUGAACCUACUUUCCUGCUCCCAGGUUCCUGGCUUGUGCACCCCACAACCUGUUGGGCCUAGACUAGCCCUCACCUCCAACUGGGCCUGCACUACUCCUCACUGUGUCCAAAUGCUAAAGCUGCUGCUGUUCACGCUGCCCCUCCUGUCCAGCCUGGUGCAUGCAGCCCCCGGUUCAGCUAUGACACGAGAAGGCAUUGUGGGGGGACAGGAGGUACAUGGGAACAAGUGGCCCUGGCAGGUGAGCCUGCGUGCCAAUGACACCUACUGGAUGCAUUUCUGCGGUGGCUCCCUCAUCCACCCACAGUGGGUGCUCACUGCAGCACACUGUGUGGGACCGGAUGUUGCUGACCCCAACAAGGUCAGAGUACAGCUCCGCAAGCAGUACCUCUAUUACCAUGACCACCUGCUGACCGUGGGCCAGAUCAUCACACACCCCGACUUCUACAUUGUCCAGGAUGGGGCAGACAUUGCCCUGCUGAAACUCACAAACCCCGUGAACAUUUCUGACUAUGUCCACCCUAUCCCCCUACCUCCUGCCUCAGAGACCUUCCCCUCAGGAACGUUGUGCUGGGUGACAGGCUGGGGUAACAUCGACAAUGGUGUAAACCUGCCGCCACCAUUUCCUUUGAAGGAGGUGCAAGUUCCCAUUAUAGAAAACCACCUUUGUGACUUGAAGUAUCACAAAGGUCUCAUCACAGGUGACAAUGUCCACAUUGUCCGCGAUGACAUGCUGUGUGCUGGGAAUGAAGGACAUGACUCCUGCCAGGGCGACUCUGGAGGACCUCUGGUCUGCAAGGUAGAAGACACCUGGCUGCAGGCAGGCGUGGUCAGCUGGGGCGAGGGCUGCGCACAGCCCAACAGGCCUGGCAUCUACACCCGGGUCACCUAUUACUUGGACUGGAUCCACCGCUAUGUCCCCAAGGACUUCUGAGUCACAUCCAGGAUGACCUCCGUUCCUCCCAGCAUGCUGCUUCCUGCCCGGGUGGCAUCCCUGCCUUCCUCUCUUGCUCCCCAUCCUGAGUCCCAAUUCUCCCUUCCACUCAAGUAGCUACACUGCGCAGGCGCCGCUCUCUGCUAUGCCUCAAUAAAAUGCAUUAAAGCA